AUGGGUAAACGCAAAGAUUGGCGGGAGACUUCCAGCUUGUCCCCUUCAAGCCCACCCAAAACCACUGUCAGCUUGACCAUGAGACCUACUACACCUUCCAGUCCUGUCAAGAUCCCUACCACCAACAACCGAUAUACCGCCCACCCUCAAAAACGUCAUUCAUCACAGAGGAAACGAAGCAAUGACUCUCGAUCUUCGGGCAACCUCUCACCAUCUCUAGCUGCACUUCUGGCUGUCACGGAUAUUCCCAAGCACAAACAGCUUCAGCGACGACGACGAAGAUCUGAAAAGACCUUGACGGUCCGGGAGGUCAUCGAAUGCCAACAUGCUUCAGAGAAGGAACUUAGCUGGACAUUCAGCAGUCCUCUCGACAUGCUUCUCUCACCACCUCAGGAUAUUAUGGACGAUGACGACAGUGUGAGCGAUUGCAACAUUGGUUCCAGCAUGUCUACAAGGACCUACUCCAUUGAUUCAAUCCCUUCUCUGGAUGGCUCGUUCUCAAGCGAUGGUCUUUCAUCUCUCGGAAGCCCAAGGACUCCCAGCCCAUGUUCCCGAAGGACCAAAUCGACCCCCAUGCGAAAGUCCCUGGAGCCCGUCAUCUCCCCGCCUGGUUCGGUAGAUGAGCACCCAUUAGCCAGAGACGAGUUGGAUGUUGACGACUUUGACCUCACCACUGUUGAUCAACCCGAGGAGGUUCAGCCCAAAUCACAGUUUCUGGAGCCUUUCAAGCCGUUGAGGUCUGUCUUCAAGUCAAACCUUACUGCGUCUCUCCGGGCUCUCCGCUCGGCUGCUCGAUCCUUUUCGGUUCUCAAUCUUCCAUCUAUUCCUCCAGAUGAUUAUCUGACUCGAUCAAUUCUGACCAUUGAUCCCAAUGUCCCUUAUGCGGAUGAGCGCCGCCCACCUGUCUCUGAGGAAAUGCCUUCGGCAGCCAUGCGCCGUUAUCUCAACCCUACGACGAACGCCAGAAUCGAACCGCCCGCAAAAACCGUUUUCGCGGGAACUUUUGCUGCAUCCAUUCAAAUGCGUACUUACAAGAUCCAGCGCUCCCGAGCACCUCCGGGCUCUACCCGAAACUCUUAUCCAUCGACUUCGCUCCAGUCACAACCCUCCCCUGCACCUCAGCAGCCACAGCCGCAAGCCCCCACACUGGUGCCAGGUAUGCGACAACGGGAAAUGCGUGAGAACUCCGACUUCAUCCGUAUCGCUGUGAUGGAGAUGGCCAUGCGCAAAUGUGGGAAGCUCGACGACCAGCGACCCGGACGGGCCCGUUUUGCACUUCCUCCUCGACAAACAUCGACCAAGCCCUACGAAAUGGGUGCGAAUGGUGUUCCCGCCCGCUGGGUUCCUAUUAUGGCAUAG